GGGGGGGGGACCCGCAUGAGGAUGUCUCGGUGUUAGGAUUUCACCAGGGGGAGGAACAUUGCCGUCUACGAGCCAGGAAGAGACCUACAUGACAGCCGUGACUUUUGUCUUCCUCCGCCCCGGCAAGGGAAACCAAAACUGGCCAGAUCCACCACCGCCCAUCCAUCACCGCCCAUCAUCAUCAUCGCCCUCGCCCUUCAUCAUCACCCGACGGGGCGCGGUUGGCUCUUAUCUCGCAGGCGCAGUCCCGUGGCAAGAUGCGCCGGCGCAUUGCCCCCUAUCACGGAUGAUCGGGGAAGGAUCCUUAUCCUUCACAGGUAGCCCCAGCCGACCAGGCCGUCUGUUAGUCAAUCCCGUCAGUCAGUCAGUCAGUCAGUCAGCCAGCCAGCCUGCUUGGUGGCCGAUGUUGGCAACCACGGCAUACACCCAAAUGUACGUACGCACUCACGCACACAUUAGAGACGCAGACAUACGAGUGGUGAAGCUAUGCGUGCGUGCGUGCGUGCGUGCGUGCGUGUGUGUAUGUAUGUGCGUGUGUGUGGACGCAGUCGAGCAAUUCAUGAUUAUAGUAUCCCCAACCGCCAAUCGCUCGGGGUUGCGUGCGUGCUGCGACAUGAUGACCCAGUCUGCUGCCUCAAUAGCCCCGGGCAACAGUCCAGCCAUAGACCGUUGUGGGGAUGACCCGAGUUAUACACACACGCGAACACGCGCACCACGAACACUUGCACAGGUAGAGAGAUGCAUAUCCAUACUCAUACAUACCUGCAUAUAUAUGUACGGGCGCCUGUGUGCUUGUGAAUACAUGCAUAACACUGCGUAGGCCAAUAACCACGCCAGGGUGGAGAAAGGGAUAGGACACACACACACACAGAGAGAGACCGACCUGACGCCGGCCG